AGGGGGGGAGUAAAGGAGAGAGAGAGAGGAGGGGAUGAGCGAGAGAGUGUAGGAGUAGGACUGUUUGCACGCACAGCACAGCACUGCUAAGAGAGCGCAACAGACCAAAGGAAGCUUGGCAAGGGAAGAACAAGCAGAUGAGAGAGGAGAAGCGGGAUGCUUCCAGCCUGCCAUAGGACAGUCCAUGUUCAUAUGUGCCGCCUCUCUUUUUUUUCUCUCUCUCUCUUCUCUCUCUUUCUGGAUUGCUGGAUGCAUUGAUUUUGGGAUGUUAAAUGACACUUGUUUCGUGGCCAAUGACAUUCAACAAUUCUUUGUUCACACACAUCCGCUGUGGGACACUGGAAGGACUGCACGCUAAUACUUCUGGAUCUCACUGGGUCUUUGGGACGUCUUUAUACUGGAGAGAGCCUCGCGGAGCAAAGGGACUGGACUAUUUCUGGAGCAUAACAGAUUUUCAUUAGCAAGACCAGGCAAUUAGUUAAUGCUACUAAAGCCAGAGGGGUUUGUUUGACAGUUACGUACAGGCACACACCCGCCAUCCUUCCUGCUGCAUGGAUAAACACUGAGAAGAAAUAUUUGGAGCAAAACAUGAGAGCUGUGCGGAGACGAGAACGAGGAACAGACUGAUGUGGGGAUGGCGUGGACCCAGGCCUGCUACUCUCACCCCUCAUCUAUCUGGGGUUUCAUCCGAGCAUAAAUCAGAGGACAGCGUCUCUUCCACCACCACCACCAAAAACAACAACAACAACAACAACAACACCCCCCCCCUGCCCCCAGGCACGACCACUGGCUACUGAACUCCCUCUUAUUUCCUUCAUUAGAGAAUGACCUUCAAGUGAAACACUGAGCCAAUUGCUCAAGAACACCAACACCAACACGCCCAAGUACUACUUUUGCAUGCAAACCAAUUUGCUCCCACACACGUACAUACAGACAAACACACACACACAAACACACACUUACACACACACCACUUAAAGCAGAAUAUAAUAGCAUAAGCUGAGCCUCUGUGGACUUCAGAUGGAUGCUGUUGUGUUUCCCAGUGGAUGUGAGUGGACUGAGCACAGCUCCCCUGACUUGUGAGGUGACCUGUAAGGAUGGUUGGAGGUGACCUCCUGGAAGCCUAAAGGUCAUUUGAAGCAAGAAAACCCACUGAGAGAUAGAGAGAGAGAGAGAGAGAGAGAGAGAGAGAGUCAGCAUGCACACCCCUCAGACUCACUGACCCCUCGGCUCAGUGACCGCCUAACCGGUGUCAGCGCCGGCCUGCCAUGGAAAAUCAAUGAGGAUUUAAUUCUGUGCGCGCUGUGAUAAAAAUUCAAAUAACCACCGGAGUAGCUGCCGGCAGACCUACGGCUGAGAGUCUCGGACAUGGCGCUGCGCCGUCUUUUGAUAACGGUGCUAUCGCAGGGGGAUUAAUUGUUCACUGAGGAGUACGAGUAAACAUCAUAAAGCAUCGGUGUUUGCACUGAACUGCGAACGGGGUCAAUCUCGCUGGAGGCUGGAGUCAAUAUUUCUCGUAACCUCCCAGUGCUUUAUGGAGAGGGAGAAUCUGACCUUUGGUGUUGUGUGUAUUUCUUGAGAGCCCUUUGGUUUGGGGAGUUACAGCGAUCGUAAACAGUGGACAGACUGGGUAGUCCUCGCUCAAUCUGUUGUUAUUUUCCUCUCCAUCUGAAACCAAUCGAGAAGGAGGAGAGAACGUGUGUGAAGGGGAGAAACAGAGGAACGAGGAACACUGGUCUUGGAAUUGGAGUGAAGGCCCAGUGAGUGUUUUUUUAAUAAAGUGAGGAGUAAUCAGAUGCUGGUCGGGUUGCGAACAGGUGCGCCGCUGAUCGUAAUACAGGUGGUGCAUCUUUCCCCACGAGAGGCCAUGCUGGGAUCGGAUUACCCAGCUGGAACCCGUCAAGACGUUUGUGGCCCACACACAAACCCCUGAAGACAAGAGAAAGCUCAGGGGAAGGGAUAAUGCAUAUUCCUCCCGCGCUGGAAGAAGCCACCAUGAGCAACGUCACUGUGCACGACAACACUGAGUCCAUCGUCAGUCCCAACAUGAACCUGGCAGCAUCCUCCACCUACCCCGUCAGCUUCCAGGUGUCCCUGACCGGCUUCCUGAUGCUGGAGAUCGUGCUGGGCCUGAGUAGCAACCUGACCGUACUGGCUCUGUACUGCAUGAAGUCCAACCUGGUCAACUCGGUGAGCAACAUCGUCACCAUGAACCUGCACGUGCUGGACGUCAUCGUGUGCGUGUGCUGCAUCCCGCUCACCAUCGCCGUGGUGCUGCUGCCACUGGAGGGCGACGUGGAGCUGGUGGGCUGCUUCCACGAGGCGUGCGUCUCCUUCACUAGCGUGGCCACGGCCGCCAACGUGCUGGCCAUCACGCUGGACCGCUACGACAUCUCCGUCAAGCCGGCCAACCGCGUGCUGACCAUGGGCCGCGCCGUGGCCCUGCUCGGGGCCAUCUGGGUGCUGUCUUUCCUCAGCUUUCUGGUCCCCUUCAUCGAGGUGGGAUUCUUCGGGCCCGAGAUGCAGCCAGAGCGCAACCAAACGGCGGUGCUGGUGGACCAGAGUGGCGAGGACUUACCAGAGCGGGGCCUGUACUACCACCUGCUGGCCCAGAUCCCCAUCUUCUUCUCCACGGCCGUGGUCAUGCUGGUGACGUACUACAAGAUUCUGCAGGCGCUCAACAUCCGCAUCGGCACGCGCUUCCACAACGCGCAGAAGAAGAAGAAGUCGCGCAGGAAAAAGAACAUCUCGCUGAUGGCCACGUCACAGCAGCAGCCGCAGCAGCAGCAGCAGCAGCCAGAGGCCACAGACGCUUCGCAGAGCAGUGGUGGCAGCCGCAUGCCGGCGAUGGGCAUGCGCACGUCCGUGUCGUUGAUCAUUGCGCUUCGGCGCGCCGUCAAGCGGCACCGGGAACGGCGGGAACGGCAGCGGCGGGUCUUCCGCAUGUCGCUGCUCAUCAUCUCCACCUUCCUGCUGUGCUGGACGCCCAUCACCGUGCUCAACACCAUCAUCCUGAGCUCAGGGCUCAGCAGGGUGACCCUCAAGCUGAGGCUGGGCUUCCUGGUCAUGGCGUACGGCACCACCAUCUUCCACCCGCUGCUCUACGCCUUCACCCGGCAGAAGUUCCAGAAGGUUCUCAAGAGCAAGAUGAAGAAGCGGGUGGUGUCCAUCAUCGAGUCUGACCCGCUGCCCAAAAACGCUGUCAUCCGGAACUCGUGGAUUGACCCCAAGAGGAACAAGAAAGUGACAUUCGAGGACCACGAAGCCAGGCAAAAAUGUUUGUCCUCAGAGAACAUGGACUGAGUAUCAAGACGGACUUACUUACAUGUGCUGUUUCUGUUUUCAAAACGGACAGACAGAACCAGUCAGAACCUGGUCUCAGAACCAUCAGGAAACAUUUACAAAAGGGAGGACAUACAUAAAAAUGUGUCAUGCAAAUACGUGUCAAAUGUGUAAAACUGAUAAUUUAUUACUAUUUAUUCUGACUUUAUGACAGAGUACGGUAGAUUUCAUAGAGUGGUUCUAUAAUUUAUGCUGUAUAUAAUGCAUGGCUUUUUGUAACUGUAGAAAUAUACUUUGUGUACAUAGACUAUUUGUACAGCUCAUGAAUAAAUACAUACAUUAGA